GGUUAUGGUAAAGGUAACAGCGAAAAGUCCGAUUAUAAAAUAAGUGUUGAUAGUACAUGUAACUUAUUAUUAUAGACACUGGCGGCUUGAUACCAUCUUAUCUCAGUGCGCAGAGUGUGUGUGCUCGGUGUUAUUGUCGCGUCACGCCGGAACUAUAAAAUCGUUAGCUGGAAAACUUUAAAUUGAUAUCAUUUCAAACUGUUGUCAAGUAAUUUUGGUUCGUGCAACAGCUACGGGUUGAACAAAAAUGGGUUUAUUAUCCGAGGGCAGUCCCCUAUCUUGGGAUGAAACGAAAAAACUGUCCGAUCAUGUGCGGGAACACGGCAUAAUCCAAUUCAUAAACAUGUACAAGAGAUUGAGGGACAGGCAAGGCGACAUACUGAAAUGGGGCGACGAAGUCGAAUACAUCAUUGUUAAAUUCGACGACGAACAGAAAACGGCCAAAGUGAGCUUAAGAGCGAACGAAAUACUCGCCGUUCUCAACGAAAGGGAACAACAGGAUCCACAAAACUGCAAAUCACUGUGGAGACCAGAAUAUGGUGCUUAUAUGAUUGAGGGCACGCCGGGCAAACCCUACGGAGGUUUGUUGGCUCAUUUCAACAUUGUUGAGGCCAACAUGAGACACAGAAGGGAGGAGGCCACUCAGCUACUUAAACCUAAUGAAUCUAUUAUGAGUCUUACCAGUUUUCCUCGAUUAGGCUGCAAAGAUUUCACAGAUCCAAAAACGGCGCCCACCCCCGACAGAGGUGCCACCCGAUCCCUGUUUUUCCCCGACGAAGCAAUAUUCCCGGGCCAUCCCCGAUUCAAGACCCUAUCCCAGAACAUACGUGAAAGACGAGGCGGAAACGUGGCCAUCAACUUGCCAAUUUUCAGAGACAAAAACACGAAAAUACCGGUCGACGACUCGCACAAGCUGAGCAAGGCGGCGCUGCCCGAUCACGUGUACAUGGACGCGAUGGGUUUCGGCAUGGGGUGUUGUUGUCUGCAGCUCACGUUCCAGGCGUGUAACAUAACCGAAGCCCGCACCCUCUACGAUCAACUGACGCCACUUUGCCCAAUCAUGUUAGCUUUGACGGCCGCCUCCCCCAUUCAUCGGGGCUUCAUCACGGACGUGGACUGCAGGUGGAACGUGAUCUCUUGUUCCGUUGACUGUCGGACGGAGGAGGAGCGUGGUUUGAAACCGCUGAAGCAUAACAAGUUCGUGAUAAAGAAAUCGAGGUACGACUCCAUAGAUUCGUACCUGUCGCCUCAAGGGGAGAAAUACAACGACGUCCCAUUGAUUUACAACGAAGAGGACUAUGAGAAGUUGAGGUCUAAUGGUAUUGAUCACCUAUUGGCUCAGCACAUUGCCCAUCUGUUCAUCAGGGAUUCCGUCUCUUUGUUUUCGGAGAAAGUGCAUCAGAACGACGAGGAGGACACUGACCACUUUGAAAACAUCCAGUCCACAAACUGGCAAACAAUGAGGUUCAAACCUCCACCACCCAACUCCACAAUUGGCUGGCGAGUGGAGUUCAGGCCUUGCGAGGUGCAAUUAACUGAUUUUGAAAACGCCGCUAUUGUUUGCUUCGUUGUACUCUUAACUCGGGUCAUCCUUUCAUACCAACUCAACUUCUUAAUACCAAUAAGCAAGGUUGACGAAAACAUGCAGAACGCUCAAAAACGCAACGCAGCCGCCGAACAGAAGUUCUGGUUCAAAAAGGACAUAACGACAACGGUGAGUCCGCCGGAGGCGAAUGAAUGUUGUAAAAAAUCGGCGUCGCUGAGCGACAACGCUGAAGCGAGCUGCUCUGAUAUGUACGUAAGCAUGACGGUGAACGAAAUAAUCAACGGUAAGGAAGGAGAAUUUCCCGGACUGAUUGCUUUAAUUAAUAACUAUCUUAGUGGAAUGGAUGUGGAUGCUGAUACUCAUUGCACUAUACAGCAAUAUUUGAAGUUCAUUCAAAGAAGAGCGUCCGGCGAAAUUAUGACCACAGCCUCUUGGAUCAGGAAAUUCGUUACUGAACAUCCUGACUACAAGCAUGACUCUGUGUUGACGGAAAAUAUUAACUACGACCUCUUAAAAACGAUGGAUGACAUACAAAAAGGUAUACAAUCUUGUCCGGAAUUAUUAGGAAAGAGCACAAUGUCUAAAACUAAAGAGAACAUACCCACAGCUUUAAAAAACGAUUGUUGACACUUGAUUUUGUUAUGUAAUUAUAGUAGGAUUUACUAUAGCUUUUAUUAUUUUUAUAAAUGCAUGAUUUUAAUGUUAUCAAAAUAUAAUUUAUAGAGAAUUUAGCAGUAUUUUAUUACAAGCACUUUUUAUAUUGAUUAUUUGUUCAGGGUUUUUUAUUGUGAAUUGUUUCUGGAAAUAUAAAUAAAAUUGUUCAUCUGUUUUA